UUCACAGAACUACAUAUAAAAUGACCGAAUUGCCCUUCUCAUUAACAGAAAAAAAUGGACGAAGUUAACCCAGUGGACUAAAAUGGCAACGAUGAAACUUUUUUGGACCCACAAGUGAAAACUGAAACCUUUAGACUAAACUGACAAAAUAUCCCAAACCACAAGGACUAAAAUGGAAUUUAACUCUCUUACAUAUAUUAUUACACUUUUCUGUUCAUUACAUAUUUCAAUUUUCAGUCUCAAUCCAGAAAAAAAAAAAAAAAAAACCAACUUUUUAUUUAUUUAUUUCCCUGUUUUUUCUUCACUAGCUUCUCUUAUUUAAAAAUCCCACAAAGAAAGUUUCAAUCUUUACAUAUUUUAUUACAGUUUUUUGUAUAUUACAAUGUGUUUCGAACCAGUCUUUCAUGUGGGUUUCUUGUAAUUUUACCAAGUUCACAUCUUUUUCGGUAAAUUUGAUGUGGGUCUGUUAGAAUUCAAAUAUUGAAAAAGAAUGGAGGAAGAAGGUGUAGCAUUGAGAUUGGUUCGUUGCCCUAAAUGUGAAAAUGUUCUUCCUGAGCUUCCUGAGUAUUCUGUUUACCAGUGUGGAGCUUGUGGUGCUGUUCUUAAAGGAAAACAAUUGACUCCCACAAGCGAAAAACGAUCGUUAGAAAACUCCGAUAACGAAAACGUUACAAGGGUAGAACCGUCCACGAAAGAAGAAGUUAUGUUAGAGACUAGUUCUCAAGUUAAAACAGAAAGUGAUGAAUUUGAAGUUGGUAGAAGGCAGGGUAGAAUGGUCCAUGAAAAAGUUCCAAACUUGACCCCUAGCUCUUCAUCAAGAAAAGAAAAACGCGAUUUUUUCGCUGAUUCGGAUAAAAGUAGGCGAAGGCGGCUUGAUUUCGGGCCCAUAAGGUCAAGACCUGGUGGAUUACAUAGAAACGCUAGUACGGUCGAAAAGGGUAGAUUUGGAAAUUUACCAUAUUCGAACGAAGGUCCCUCGAGUUCGAACUUAAGUAGUUUUAACUCCUUUGGUGACCAUGUUACACAUGUUACAAACAAUAUUGGUUUAAAUGAGUUCUCAAAGGUUCAAGAUUUGGAAAAAGAUCGAACCGAGCUUCUUAAAACGCUCGAUGAAUUGCGAACCCAACUUAGCCGAUCAUGCAAUGUAGCCGAAAGCCCAAACGGACGAUUAAACGGUCCGUAUCAUUGGCCACAUCAUCCGCCACAUCAGCUGUCACAUCAGACGCCACAUCAUCAAUAUAUACCACCAACGUUCCACAACCCGUUUCUCGACUACAAUCAACGCGACACCCUUCUUCACCGGCCCUCAUGUGCUUGUUCGCAAUGCUACAACGUAAACUGGCAACCGCUUCCUCCAAAGGUCAACCCGUUUUCUUCGUAUACCAGUCACGAAACCAGCUACCCGUUACCCGAACCUCUACAUUAUGGUCCACGUCAUCUGCCACAUCAUGACGGUUUUGGUAGAAGAUAUCCAAGAAGACGCGUAAUUCUAACUCAUGGAGGUGAACGUGUAUCGUUUCCUAUAUCGGGUGGAGCCCCGUUUAUAAGCUGCUGUAACUGCUUCGAGUUGUUGAAAAUUCCGAAAAAGGUUACAUUUUCGGGAAAGAACGAUCACAAGACGAUAAAAUGCGCAGUUUGUUUCGCGUUGAUAUCGCUAAGACUCAAGGAUAACAAAAUUGUUGCUUCAUUUUGUUCAACUGUUGGUCAACAAAAAGUCAACAAAAGAAAGUCAAACAGAAGCCCUCAUAGCUCUGUUGAUUAUGAUGAAUGUGUUUAUAAUUUCCAGUUAACCGACACCGAACAAAGUUUAUCUGCCUGUGGAGCUGAAAAGAAAGAAGAAAGUCAAAAUGAUGUGUUGACCGAAAGUCUUUUAAAAGGUCAAAAUGACGUGUUGACCGAAAGUCAAAGAAACAAUCAAGAAAGAGUGAUUAUUGAUCAUGAUAGCAAGAAAUAUUUAAAAGAUGCAUUGGUGGCAAGUGAGAUAGAUGUAUCGUUAAAGGAUUAUUCAAACGGCGAUGUUGUUAGCAAAGAAAAUGAUCGGUCAAAGAGCAAGAAAGCGGGGAAUGAAUCGUUUUUCGCAGGUUUGAUAAAGAAGAGGCUUAGAGAUUUCUCGCGAUCUAGUAGUGGUGUAGACAAAGUGCGAUCGAAUGUUUUUGUUAACGGUCAACUUUUGACCAAUCGUGCGGUUAAAAAGGCUGAGAAGCUCGCAGGGCCUAUUCAUCCUGGAGAAUACUGGUAUGAUUCCGUAGCGGGAUUCUGGGGUGUGAUGAACCAGCCUUGCCUCGGCAUUAUCCCGCCAUUUAUAGAAGAGUUUGACCACCCAAUGCCCAAAAAUUGUGCGGCUGGGAACACACGCGUUUUUGUGAACGGUAGAGAACUUAACCAGAAAGAUUUAGAUCUUCUUGCUGGCAGAGGUUUACCGACAACAAAAGAUCGGUCCUACAUUGUUGAAAUUUCUGGGAAAGUUGUUGACGAAGAUACAGGCGAAGAACUAGAUGCUCUUGGCAAGCUUGCGCCAACGGUUGAAAGAGUACAGCAUGGGUUUGGCAUGAAAGUCCCAAAAGUUGUUGCAACAUGAAUCAAUAUUUUAUAUUAGUAUUUUCAAUGUAAACUUGUGAUAUUAAAACCUAUAUAAAUUAGCAAACUUUUUGUGCAUAA